AUGCCUACCUCUGUUGACUCUUCGCGCCCUAUCAUGGUGCCAUCUACGCGCACCUCAGUUCGGUACAGCACCUACAGCAUGGCGCCCACAGUCCUCACGACAGACAGCGCGAAGGCCGAGAUCCAGGACAUCGAGAAGGGACUCGACCGCAUGGAGAACAAGGCGCUUGCGGACCAGCGGGUGUCGCUGACCGAGGAGAAGAUCCUCAACAUGUCCAAGUUGGCGCUGGGGGCCAAGCUCGAGCGCGCCCUCGACCGGCGGAUGACCAGCCAAGACGCCGUAAUGCGAAAAAGGAAGCCGUCGGCCGCCAACGAGAAGAAG